AUGAACGAGAUAGAACACUGGGAGCUGCCGGACAGCUAUGUUCAUGCAUGUACGCCCCUUGACGCGAGGAGACCCAUCAGAUCUAUCACGGGGUCAUUAUCUCUCCAUGAUUACCGCAAGUUACUUUCUGCGGAUCCCGUCGAUCAUGCAAGUGGGAAAUUGAAGCGAAAGACCGCUGCGUUGCAUUUGAACUGUCCAUCUGCCCUUCCUCCCUCUUCUGUCUCUGUCGCAUCGAGUCCUCCGCCACUGUCGCCUUCGUAUUCGCACAGUAUCAUCUCACAGCGGAGUGAAGAACCCGAAAUCGGCGAAGCUCAGCCUGUUCACGUCCAGCCGCAAUCCCCACGGGUUACUGUUGUCUCAGAGAACGGGACUCGUGUUAGACCUAAUAAUAGGAAGCGAUUGAAUACUUUCCGCGAGAAGCUUCAAAAAAACGCCCGGGCCCAGGCUGAAGCUAAAGCUAGAGCUCGUUCUCAACAAUCAGACUCAAUGCUGGCUCACACGCAGGCCGUCCCCACCGUCUCGCACGGUGGUGCCUGCUUUGAGAUCUUGAAUCCGCGCAAGUCGCUGGACCUUGCACGUAUUGUCUCGUAUAUCGAAGAUGUCGAUGGUUGCUCGAUGCUCUCCGACAACCGAGACUCGGCAUUCUCCCUCGAACAAGGACUGGAUCGGGUGUCCCUGUCCCAAUUCACCGACGCCUCAUUGCCAUCCUUCUACUCUACCAAUUCGCUGUAUAAUUCUCUCCAACCCGAUUGCUCAACCCCCAAGCCCCAGACCACGGAUAUCCCGUCGUCCUCACCAGGGAUCCACGAUCACGUCCGCUCUCUAUCAGAUUUUCCUUACAACCCACACUUCAGCCACUGGAGUCACUCUGUACAAGACGAGCCAACUUCGCACAUCGACUUAAUCCAAGAUACAGACGCCGACACAGAUGGCGACACUAAUGCCGACAACGACGACUACCAAACCAACCACUCAUUCCGCUAUAGAGGCGCAUCUACCUCCCAAACAACAACCCCAUCCACAGAAACAAACCCACCACCCCUCUCCCACACAGAAACAGACUCCCGCCCGGUCUCCUCAUCCCAACAAACCUUCUCAGAAGAGAGCGAAAUCGGCGAACCAGGCUCCCCAGUCUACGCCAACGGCGAAUGGGCCCAAGUAAACGAGCGCGACAGAGGCAUCUUCUAUGAAAUAGAACAAGACUUCCACACCCCACAAGAAACACCUCUCGCCACACCAAUCAAUUCGCCCCUCUACUCCCCCUUCGACUCAACCUCUACAUCUGCAUACCCCUACCCCAAACCACCACCCUUCCAUCAUCAUCACAACCACUACUCAACUCCCCCCAAUUACCCUCAACACCGAACUCCUACUCCCACCCCCACUCCCCCUCGGAUCCAUACACAUACGAUCCCGUCUACCUAG